AUGUUUAUUACAAUUAUUGGACUUAAUCUUAAUGUGAUCAAAUAUUGGUAUAAUAUUCAUCACAAUCUAGAAAAGAGUUCUAAAUAACUUCCUUAUUGGGAUGUGAAAAAUAUAUUUUAAUAUAAAAUAUUCAUAAUCAAUUUUAAUUUAAUUAAUCAACUCUAAAAUAACUAGUAUAUAUUGUUUUAAUAAAAUCAUACAAUAAUCCUUUAUUAGUAGGGCAAAUUAGCAGUCUUCUAGUAUGAUCAUAAAAUAUAACUCAAUUCCUUAUUAUAAUUUAAUGCUGAUAGUGAAUUAUUUUCAUUGAAUUAAGUUAUUAAAGUUUAUCAAGUUUAAAAUCCAUCUUUAUAAAUCAACUUAAUAAACCUCUAAGUUACAAAUAACAGUUUCACAUUUUCUAUUAUGUGUUUUAGUUAAGAAAUGUUUGAGAAAUAUAAUCUUUACAUUUUGCCUAAGGAUAAUACAAAUAUUUAUGUAAUGUUUAAUUAGGAAUUUCCAUAGUAUUAAUAUACAACUGGGACAAAUAUUAGUGGAAAUUUUUUCAGUUAUUCAGGAAAAUUAUUACAAUAUUCAUAAAAUAAUGAUACUAGUUAUUUUUUUUUCCAUAACACUACUUAUUAUUAAAUUGGUUAGAUUUAGUAAAACUUUAAUUUAGUCUCAUAAUUGUAAAUAAUUUAGAACAUUAAUGAAACUUACUUUUUUUUAUAGGAUAUAAUUAUAUAUCACUAUCUAUUUUCAAUUACCCUUACUAUUAUAAAAAUCCUUAUCUUUAGAAUAAUACACCCUAGCAUAUUCCAAUUUCUGUAAAUGCAAAUUUAAUUUAGACUGCUUAUAGCAUUUAUCCUGAAAUUAUAAUAAUAGGUUUAAGUGAUAAUCAGACAAUCUAUUUAAUUUAAUACUAGUAUGUUAAUAGAAUGAUUGCUAGUUCGAUAAAUAAAACUUUUGAAUCAGAGAUCUUAGAGUUUAUAGUAACUUAUAAUAAUUUAAUAAUUCUAUUUAUAAAUCAAGAAAUUUAAAUAAUGUCUUUGGAUUUUUAAAAAUGUUUUACCUUAAAUUAAGACUAUAUAAAUAAAUUCUUUAUCAAUAAAACCAUUUAUUUCAAUCCCAAACAGCUUAUUAUGAAUACACAAUUAUUAUCCUCUUUUUUAUAUAUCAAUAAUGUUUAAGAAGUAAUAAUAAUUUCAAUACAAUAAAAUAAUAUACCAAUUCGAAUAGAAUUGAUUCAAGUGAAUUUCAGAAUUAAAUAAAUCAAUUUAGUUAAUUAAUAAUUGAUUUUAUCACAUAUUUGUUGGAAUGAUUAGGCUAUUUGUUUUCAAGUUUUAAAUGUUUAAAAUUUACCAAACUACUGUUAUGUAAAGAAUCUAUCAGAAGUUGAAAAUAAUGAUAAAACAAUUAUAACAUCAGAUAAUUUAUUCUUGUAUAUUACUUUUGCUAAUAAUACAGUUUAUAUUUAUAAUCCUUCAUUGCCUUAGCAUAUGAGUUUAUAUUAUUAGCUAAAAUUAAAUUCAACAAUUUUAUGCACACUUGCUAUUUAGUAUUAGAAAUCAUUCUUUUUUGAUAAUUCAAUCAUAUUUUAUUAAAAUGCUUUCUAUUAACUUGAAUAAAUUUAAAGUAUUAAUAUAUAAAUUAAUGACUUUGAUUAAAGCUUUAACCAUACUUUACCAAAAAUUAUUUAUAAUUAUACAGUAAUUUCUGCAUUAAAUAAUUCAGCCUUAUAACAAACUCCUAAUUAAAGUAUUAUUUCCUUAUCACAUUUUAUGAUAUUUUAGCACAAUAAAACAAUUAUCAUAAACUUAACCUUGAAUGAUUAAAAUAAUCGAAAUAAUUAUUUAUCAUAUCCUAUAAGCCUAAUUGCUGAUAGAUAAUACAACUCAUGCCAAUUGCAUGAUUUGUCUCAUUUUUAAAUUAAAGAUAUUUUUAAAAUUGAUAAAUUGUUAACUAAAGGUUGCUGGAUUACUGCAUACAAAUAUUCUGUAAAUGAAAGCCAAAGUAUAAUCAUCAACAUAAACUAAACUUCACUCAUUGUCUUGCUUCCACAUCAGAUAAUUAAAAUUUAUAUUCAAUUUGUCAAAAUAAUACUACAUAGUAUUUGAUAAACUUGACUUUAAAUUCUUCAGGUUAUAUAGUCAAAAAUACAAUUACAAAAAUUCCCUUACUAUUUUCAAAUAUCUUUAAAAUGAAGGGCAUUAUAAAUCAAAUUUUUAUCUUAGGGAAUUUAAAAAAAUAAAGUUAAUUUUUGUAUUGGUUUAACUAAUCUAAUAACAGUUUCAUACAGUUAACUUAAAAAUUUAGCUAUCAAUCUGAUGAUUUAUUUUAUUGUUAAGAUUUUUCUGCUGGCUUUCUUAAUAAUUUUGGAUAAAUAAACAGGAUUAUUAUUUUUUAAACCAUUAUGAAUCAACUCUUUUAUCAAAUAAUGGAAAUUGAAGAGGAAAAUAUCAGUAUAUAGCCACUUGUUUAUGUGAUAAUACAUUAUUGCAAUUUUUAAUAUAGCUGCUAUGUAAUGGAUUAAUUUAAAUACAUUCUAAUUAUAAGAAAUACCUAUGAAAAUGUAAUAAUACUUUUGACUGAUAAAUCAAAUUAUAGUUACUUAAUCAGAGUCAUAAUAAAUUCUUAAAAGAUUUAGUAUUCUAAUAAUCUAGCUACUGUUCUAAAAAUAAUUCCGAAUAUAUUGGAUUUUUAUUCUACUGGCAAUUCUAUUUAUUUUGAAGGUACACUGAUGCAAUAAUUUAGAUAUAAAAAUCAAUCUAAUUAUAACAUAGGAAUAUAUUACUUAGGCAAUUUAGAAAGUUUAAAUAUAGAGGAACCUAUUUUGAUGUAAGGCUCAUUUUAUUAAACUAAUUCUUAAUAUGCUAUGAUUGUAAAUCAAAAAUAUCAGAAUGAAAUUUCCCUCUAUAUAUCAUCAGGAAAAGCAUAAUUUCACUUGUUUAGUACUUAAAAUAUUACCUGUAAUUUGCACAGAAAAACAAAAUCAAUUAAUGUCACUUUAACUUGUGAGAAUUGGAUAUAUUAAAGGAAUUAUACAAUUAUUUUUAAUUUAGUAGCAGCACCCUCUAAAAAUAUUGGAUGGAUUAUUGGCCUUCUUAUAAUAAUUUCUUUGCUUUUAUUUUAUUUUUGCUAUAAAGUUAAACACAAGACCCAAGGUAUUAAUGUUGAGAUUGAAUUAUGA